AUGACCGUCAUCACGUCAAUCACAACACAUUCGAAAGGCAGCAAGCUGUUCGAUUCCAGUUUUAAAUUAAACAUGUGGUUUCUGCCCGCUUUAAGGUUAUUCCAAGAACACAACGGCUUAAAAGUGACCGGAAAAAUUGACAAAAAAACUUGGCAGCUAAUGAACAAGCCGAGAUGUGGAGUACCAGACAUGGGGGAGAUGAGGAGCCCCCCUAGACGGGCGACCUUCACCCCUCGCAAGAUGAGGGUCAAGAUGGAUCGUCUGAGUGCGAGAAGUCGUAGCCUCGAUCUGGAAGAAACGCCUAAAAGAUCCGGACGUAAAAGACGCGAGACGCUCCACAAGUGGGACAAUAACGCUGUGACCUUUAACCCAAGAACCUUCUCCUACAGACUGCCUAUUGAUGCCCAAAAUUGUAAAAAAAAAUGUCCGUCUUGUUUGUUGAACAUCAGACAAAUUUUUGCCGAGGCGUUCAGACGCUGGUCGAUGCCCAGUCAGCUGACCGUGUCUAAAUCAUCGAAAGUUGGGGACAUCGACAUCAUCUUCGCUAGCAGAAACCACGGAGAUGGAGAUGCUAACGCGUUUGAUGGUAGAGGUAUGCUUCUAGCACACGCCUACCCACCAGGUGAUGUCGAGGUGUCAGGUGACAUUCACUUUGACCUUGACGAAAACUGGGGCUGGAAGGUCAACCGGACCGACACGCAUGACUUGAUGAUGGUCGCCAUGCACGAGGCGGGGCACUCGCUGGGAUUAGCUCACUCUAGAAACAGAAACGACAUCAUGUUCGCCUCGUACUUGGACUACGACCCUGAUCCACAACUCAACUCUGGCGACAUCGCUAUUUUACAGAAACUUUACGGUAAACGACCAGGUUUUGUCCAGUCGCCGAGGAAAAAAAAAUUCUUUGAUAAAAAAAACAAAAAGCUGCCUAAAUCUUGUCGGAUAAAUUUUAACGACGUUUUUCUCCGUGGAUUCAAAGUCUUGUUAUGCUGGAUACAGGCUCCUGAGUAUCUGGCCAAUCCAUGUCCAUCUGUCUUGUUAUGCUGGAUACAGGCUCCUGAGUAUCUGGCCAAUCCAUCUCCAUCUGUCUUGUUAUGCUGGAUACAGGCUUCUUGA